UUAAUAAAUCUGGAAUAUGAGCCUAGUUUGAGUAAUGGUGACUAUAAAUCUGCCAUCAAUAUUUGUAUAACUCUAUAUGGUUCACUACUGUCUUUUAUAGGAAGAAAUUUGAUCCUUAGCAGGUCUGGCCAACAGGCAGUUCUUAUCAGUCCUUCUGAAAUGGCCUUGCGUGCCACUUGAAGGGCAGCAAGUCAUAGCCUUGCCAAUGAUGCCCACAUAUCAGGAAAAAAUUUUUAAACUAUGUUUAGUAACGACACAAAGAAAUUUGGUCUAAAUGUGCCACAGUUUGAUGUAACUGAACAGCAAAUUUUCACAGGGAACAUACUUGGAAGUUUGCAAGAUAGAAUCCUUCAAUGAGUGAAUGAGUAACUGAAUUGGAUAUAAGAUAAACAAAGAGCAAAACUUGAUAACCGGUACAGAGAAGAUUCAAGACAUUGUCAGGGAAUUGGACAAUUAAGUGGAUUGGCUAACGAACAGUGAAUGGAUUUUAAUUGGUUAUUUCUGAGAUGGCAGAAGAUGUCAGUGAGGGUGAGAUUGGUAUUGAGAGGAGUACUACAUUAUUGGGACCAAAUGCUGAUAUAAAUGAGGAUUCUGAAGCAGAACAUCAAGUUUUCCAGCAAUUAGCCUGGAUAGACGAUGGAGAAUCUGCGUUUGGAAGGAAUGAUCCAAUCACUGUUAUUCCUAUCACAGUUCACAUUACCGAUGACUCUGCUACUUCUCAGAAUCCGACAGUACAGGUGUCCCAACAAGCACCAACUCUGUCUACUGCACCGUUCCAGCUGAUGGAUCAGAAUGGACAGCCAAUCCAGUAUGAACUUCAGUCACUGGGGGAUACAAAUGCACGCAUGAUGAUUGUUACCAGUCAGUCAGAGAAUGGCCAGGUGCUGCAUGUGAUUCCUUCCAACCCACCCAGCGUUACUCAGGUGCUGAUACCACAGGGACAGAUUCUCGAUGUCACAGAUUCACAUGAUGCAACAGAUGACAAACAAAUAAGUGAUGAACUUCAGACAGUGACCGUAGCAGCGAUAGCAGACAACAGUGGCUAUGUCUUGCACCCACCCUCUUCAUUAACUUUGCCCAAAAAGACCUCACUCAGAAUGGUUGAAGAAAAUUUUCCCGUCCCACUACAGCCACUGCCAAACAACACCCCUGCCUGGGCCCGACGACUCCGAAGCUGUGAGAAAAUUGGAGACUCCUAUCGUGGGUAUUGUGAGAGUGAAACUGAAUUGGAGAAUGUAUUAACCGUUCACAAGCAGCAAACACAAAGUGUUUGGGGAACGCGACAGUCUCCAAGCCCUGCUAAACCUGCCACUCGGCUGAUGUGGAAAUCUCAAUAUGUACCAUAUGAUGGAAUCCCAUUCGUCAAUGCAGGAAGCAGGGCUAUUGUCAUGGAGUGCCAAUUUGGGCCAAGGCGCAAAGGAGUUCAACCUAAGAAAAUAGAACAAGAGAGCAUCUCAAAUCAGUAUUAUAAGGCAACUUGUGCUGCACGGAUCUACAUUAAAAAAGUGCGGAAAUUUCCAGAAUACAGGGUUCCCACAGAUCCUAAGAUUGAUAAAAAGAUUAUUCGACAAGAACAGGAAAAGGCCUUCAAUAUGUUGAAGAAAAAUGGAUUUGAUGUCGGAGGAGUUGUCAGGUGGUACGUACAGUUACCCACACCACAAGCUCACCAGUACCAUGACCAAGAUGGUUCUUAUUUACCAAUGCCUCCACCACCACCUCUACCAUCAUUUGUUUCUGUUGAAGAGGACGAUGUUGGAAUGAUGGAUGAAAAUGGGAUAUUGCCAUCACGUCUACACCCACGUGUUACUGAGAAGAUUAGGGAACUGGUCGCUCAGGGAAUUGACCAGGUGUACAUGGUCCGGAAGCAGUUAAGAAAGUUUGUGGAAAGGGAAUUAUUUAAGCCUGAUGAUGUUCCUGAAAGACACAAUCUGUCCUUCUUUCCAACUGUCAAUGACAUCAAAAACCACAUCCAUGAAGCACAAUUAGCACUGCAGAGAGGCGAGUUGGAGUAUAUAUCCGGAUCAAUGACUGCAGCGCUACAAUGGACGGCUUCCAAUGGGAGUCUUCAGACAGAGACAGUCACAGUCACACUUGCAUCCACACAAGGAGAUGAAAGUACUACAGCUGAUUCAAUCAUCCCAAAGGUGGAGUCAGCCCAGAUGGUGAAUACACUAUCUCCAGAGACAACCCAACUUUCACCUUCACUUACCUCACUGCAACCAAAGCUUUUUGCACAGUUACAGGGCUUACAGUUACAGCCAGCCUUUGCUUCUUCGGACGCAGCCCAAGCAGUUGUUACAUUGAACUCCCAUCACCCAGGCAUCAGCAGUCCUUCUGCAGUGCCAGAAACCAGCAGCCCUACUACUACGCAGCAGCAGGUUUUUAGUCAAGCACACUUUCUGCAACUCAGCAGCUCAUUGUCAGGAUGUGACUCUGCAACUUCCACCUUGGUUGGUGUGUCAGUAUCUGAGCAAAAUAUGGUCAGUAUGGGACAGCUAGUGACAGUAGGAGCAUCUGUUGGUGGUGACACAGGUGUUGAUAGAGGAGUUCAUCAGAUAUUGCUUGGUUCCGGGCACACCAUCCCUGUGCAGAUCAUGGAAACCUCAUCACCUCCUGCAGUUGCUCAGGAAAGCCGUAUCAGCCACAUCAAAGAGGAAUCUGAAGAUGGGAGUCUAGCUGUAGCUAGGACCUGCAUGCCUGACAUAGCUGGACCAGGAGACUGAAGAUCUUCAUCCACUUCAUGUAUACAACUAAAGAAACCGGUGGUUCCCAAUGGUUAAGCGUCCUGGUGCGGGGAGAUUCCUGAGCUAUCAUGGAACAUACAAGAGGUCCUGGUGGCAGACAAAGAAGUUGAAGUUUGCAGUACAGUAAUGGAAAUAGGUUUGUAUGUUUUGAAAGGAGAGAACUUUUUUCAUUUUUGCCACAUGCAUGAACCUUCUGCUCAGCCUGCUUUGUAAGAAUGAACAUUAAGGGCAUUUGAACGUAUUAACAAUAAUUAACUGCUCAGAGAUGCUUAAUGAAAUAUUCUCAGUUUUACCGUCUACCUUGUAUGUAUCCAUGAAAAACACAUUGCCAGCUGGUGUUGGAGCUAUGCCAGCAGCAUCAGGAUCAUCAUAAGUAUACAUUUUACUGCAAGGCUGCUGCCACUUGGUAUUAUCUAUUGAUUUUUCUGGUGCUGGUACCAGUUCUGAUGAAAAUACAUGAAUUAAAAGCAUGCUGGAUCCGAUCAGACUAAAUAUUUAUUCACAAAUGUACAGAAACAGUGGAAAAUGUGGAGUGAUUUGUACUGGCUUUGGUGCCAGAAACGGAGCCAUGUUUGAAGUCUCAUGUUAUCUUCAGAACUGCAGAGAGGAAGUCACUCAGGAUUUUCCAGAUAUACAGCAUGCAGAGCUUGAACAUGCAAUUAGGUUUGAAUUCUGAGCCUCUAAGCCUUUGGGAGUUCAGCACCAGAAAGUAUUCCUCUGUAACCUGACAUGAGUGGACGUUUGUUACCAAUUUAUUUACUGGGUUCCGAGCAUCAGCAGUCACUACUAUGUAUUGGAAUGUUUGCUCAUUACUUAAAGUAGCAAGAACCCAGAGAUGCAAAAUUCCAAUUAAAAAAGAUUUUUAUUUCUUUAACUCUUAUUCAAAAAGAUGUACAUUGUAUUUGAAGAUUAACUCUCCCUCUUGGACUGUUGGGAGGGGAAAGACAAUUCUGGGAGAAUUGUAUUGCUCUUACCGAGUAAGCCGGUGAAAUUGUGAUUUGAGAUUUUUUUUAAUGGGCACUGGGAUAUGGAGGCUAUCUGUAACCAGGCCAUGAUUGUGAGGGCAUUAUUCCAUGUCUUAUACACACGCCUUUAAUUAGCAAUGAACAAUGCAAGUGCAACCAUGGCAGAGCUAUCAUGAGACAUUUUCCAUAUUUAUGGGGGUGUGGGUCUCUUUAAUAGUGAAGGGGAGAGAAUUACUAUUAUUCACCUUUUGAUUUUGAAACUUUUACCAUUAUCUGAUUAGCUACAAAAUUAAAUAGAUAUCGGAAUGUAAAGAUACAUUGUGUAUUUUAUCUUGCCUGUGGCAUCUUAAAAUUGGUUUAAAAAAAACUUCCUGAUUUGGGAAGCUUUAAAGACCACCAGAAUGCUGUAGUUUAAAAAUAACUGAAAGGAAAUGCACCUCAUGAGGAGAUGUGCUUCAGUUGUUAACCAGCAGAGCAUCUCCAGUACUGAAAUUAUUUACUUCAGUAAUGUGAGACAAAUGAGUGAAAUUAUUUCAACAAUGUAAGUUUAGACUCCUUGGUUAUUCUGUCUAUUCUAGAAGCAAACUAAUUGUGAACUGCCAAUACAUUCAACCCUGAUUCUAUAUCCAGUGCAUAUGUUGUGUUUUUCUAAUUACACAAAUCUACCUGACAUGAGCCUUUAAACAGAGAAAACUUGCUUCAGUGAAGUUUGAUUACAAGACGAUGUCUAAUACAUCAGUGUUUGCAAAAGAUUGCGAUGUUUUAUGCAAGUUACCAACAAAAGUGAAAUCAUUCAAAUAAAGCCACUUUUAAUUGUA